UUCUGUUUUUCUCUUCUUCAUUCCACCUUCCAUCUUUCUUGCUUGCUUGCUUGCUUUCUUCCUUUCUGUCUUUGUGAAAGAAUUCUCUCUUGUUGAUGUGAUUCUCUCCACUUGUAUUAUCUCACAAAAAACAGACCUCCAUCCAUUACCCUUUACAAAAGAAAAGAGAGAGAAAGCUCAUCAACAAUCAACAGCCAUGGUUUUUUCUUCUAUCCCAGCUUAUCUUGAUCCAGCCAACUGGCAACAACAACCAAGUUAUCAUCAUCACCAACCUGGAGCAACUAGUGGUCUAAAUUCUAAUCAGCUUCCACCACCUCCUCCUCCACCACCACCACCACCUCCUCCUCAACCUCAUGGAAGUGGUGGUGCAGGUUCCAUCCGUCCUGGUUCCAUGGCGGAUCGAGCCAGGUUAGCUAACAUACCCAUGCCUGAGGCAGCAUUGAAAUGUCCAAGAUGUGAAUCCACAAACACUAAGUUUUGCUACUUCAACAACUAUAGCCUCUCUCAGCCUCGCCACUUUUGCAAAACCUGUAGAAGGUACUGGACCAGAGGGGGUGCCCUAAGAAAUGUCCCCGUUGGAGGUGGCUGCAGGAGGAACAAGAGAAGUAAAGGGAGAAGCUCAAAAUCUCCUGCCAGUAGUGAUCGCCCAACGGGCUCCGGUUCCUCGAGUACCGUCUCAUCUAACAGCGGAACCAGCGAUAUAUUAGGCCUAGGACCACAACUUCCACCACUCAGGUUCAUGGCUCCUCUCCAUCAUCUUACAGAAUUUGCUACUGGGGAUAUUGGGUUAAACUAUGGUUCCCUUUCUGCUCCAGUUGGAGGACCAAGCGACCUUAAUUUUCAAAUAGGCAGUGCUUUGGCCAGUGCUGGUAUUGGUGGUAGUAGUAGUUCUCUUUUGUCAGUGGGUGGUUUGGACCAGUGGAGGACUCAACAAGGGCAGCAAUUUCCUUUCUUGGGCGGGCUAGAUUCUUCUUCUUCAUCUGGGUUAUACCCAUUUGAAGGUGGCGCUGAACCACCAGGUUACAGUAGUGGCUUGGGUCAGCUCAGGCCGAAGAUAUCCACUUCUGGAGCUACUCAGUUGGCCUCACUGAAACUAGAAGAUAACAAUACUAAUAACAACAAUCAGGAGCUGAAUUUGUCGAGGCAGUUUCUGGGAAUUCCAGGGAAUGAUCAGUAUUGGGGCGGCACCGCAUGGACAGAUCUUUCUAGUUUUAGCUCUUCUUCCACUAGCAACCCUUUAUAGAUUUUGCAUCUGCUAGAUGAUCUGAGCUUAAUUAACCUAUAGACAUCAAGCUUCUUCUUUUAUUUUUUACUGUAUUUUUUUUCCGUACUCAUCAGUGCAGCUUCAAUUGAAGAGUAGCUAUCCAGUAUCACUACUGUUUAUGAGCAGUCACUCAUCAUCAUCUUCUUUCAGACUCCAUCUAUAGCUCAAAAGUUAUACUUUUGUGUUUGUUUAUUGUGGAGCAGUUCGGGAGAUGGAUCAAGAAAUUUGCUCCUGAUUUCAAGAUCAACUAGAAAAACCCUAGAUGGUAUGCCUUUUGAUUUUGUUUUGGUUUUUGCAGUUAGGUCAUUUCUUAAUGAGUUUAGUCUUAGAUUUCAAUGUAUCUUCAUGUUCAUCACUGCAUGCAGUGAGUGUCUAAUUAGUUUAUGGAGUUCAUUACAUAUGUUGAUCAAAAGCUUUGUAUUAAAAAUUAUAUGUUUAUGGAGUUCCAUACUUGUGAAAUCUCUCAAGUUUCUUAAUUUCUACCAACCAUUCAUCUUUU